UGCGGCUAGAAAAUUCCAUUUUUAUAGACCGUCCUUACCAUCUAUAUAUAUAAACAACCAUUUUCCUCCCGCCAUCCUCUUGAACAGCGGCUUCAACGGAAUUUCCCAAUCUUUUCCUUUAUUUUUUCGAAUUAAAAUUAUGCUUCGUUACUGCUUAAGAUCUCGUCGGCGUUGCUAUCUUCAUUAUACGCGACGGUUUUCCUCCUUUUCUCCCAACUCCGUUGAAUCCCCUAACAAUCUCAAAAACCGGCAACCCGUCCCUUCCCAAUCACCGCCGCCGCAAAAUUUUCAAACUCAGCUUUCAACUCGCCCUUCUGCAACGGUUUCUCUUUCUCGAAAUUCCGUUUUGGCCCUCUCCGCCACUCUCCUCUCCGCUAUCGUUGCUUCCGUCGCUGUUUUAUCUGCCAAUAAAGGCAAUGAAGCCUCCGGCGGUAACGGUAACCCUAGCCCUAGGAGAAGUCCUCUUUACGACUCAAUCGAGCACACGAUGCAAAAAUCGAACGAGUCCUUCAGGAGGAUCGUCCACCAAGCCAAACAAACCAGCGUUGCCGCCUCUGUUUUGUGGCAAUCGUUGAGGUCGGUGAUGUCAUCCGCAAACCACGAAGUUCGGGCUGGGUUCGAGCUACGCGUGGCGUCUUUGCUUGCGGACAUUGCCGCUGCCAAUGCGAGCCGCAGAGCGGCGAUUGUGAACGCUAGUGGCGGCGCGGUAGUUGAUUGGCUCCUGGAGACGGUAGCAGUGGGCAAAGCAGAUGUUUGCGGCAGUCAGGCUGAGGCGGCGAGGGCAUUGGCUUACUUAAUUGCGGAUCCCGACGUGCGCAAAGACGUGCUUGGAAGACCAGGCGCCGUUUCCUAUCUGUUGAGGUUCAUUUUUUCAUGUCAACCUCAAAAUAAAUCUAAAAGGCAUUCGGGUCGUAGUUCAUUCGAUAUUUCUGAUUCUUUGAAAGGUAGAAGUAUGCUUGUGGCUGCUAUAAUGGAUAUUGUUACAUCCAAUUGUGAGUGUGUAGAAAAGGAAUCUUUUAAGCCUUGGCUACCGGGAAAUGCAGAAAUGAGAGAUAUUGCUGCAGCUGUUCAAGUUAUUGAAGAAGGUGACAUGCAUUUAGACGAGGGAGAGAGAAAUGAUGAUGAUGAUGAUGGUGGAAGAGGGAUGAAAGGGAUUGGAAUUAAAAUUCUUGAAGGGACGACUGCUAUAGGGCUGUCGAGAACAUCUGAGCAUAUGACAUUAGAUCAUUCAAAUGAUACCCCUUCAGAAUUAGAUAGGGAUACUCCGAGAACACUUGCAUUGAUGAAUAAGCAUGGUAGUUCAGUGGAACAAGCCAAUUUGUCAGCUGCUGUUGUUCCUGGUCUUUGGGAUGAUUUGCAUUCUCAGCAUGUUGCUGUGCCUUUCGCUGCGUGGGCAUUAGCCAACUGGGCAAUGGCGUCGGAGAUCAAUAGGUCUCAUAUUGAAGAAUUGGAUCGAGACGGAGAGGCUGUCAUGUGUGCUUUACUAGCACCUGAGAGAUCUGUGAAAUGGCAUGGUAGCUUGGUGGCUCGGUUGCUAUUGGAAGAUCAUAAUCUUCCCUUAAAUGACUCUGUCUCUGAUUGGGCAUCCAGUCUUCUUUCUACUGCUUCACAUGCAAGCAAAAAUGAAGACAUUUCCUUAUCUCAAAUGGCUUUAUCGGCUUUUAUAGUUGCUGUUGAGAGGAGCCACCAAGCUCGGAGGACUGUAAUGGAGAAGGGUCUUGAACUGAUGAGGGUAACUGCAAAGAUAACAUCAAAGCAUCAGCAGGUUCAAGAAGCUCUUGCAAAAGCUUUGGAAUUGCUCUCAACUGAGGACUCGCAUUUAUCUAUUGAAGAAAGUCAAAAGUGGUCUGGUAUUCUGCUUUCUUGGGUUUUUGGAAAAUCUUCCUCCAAUGAAAUUCGGUCCUCUGCCAUAAGAAUUCUUUCUUGCAUUCUAGAAGACCAUGGUCCAUCUUCUGUUCCAAUUUCUCAAGGUUGGUUAGCUCUUCUGCUGAAUGAUAUCCUGGUCUCCAGCAAGCCAUCAUCUGUUAAAGAAGGCAUCGACAAAGUCAAGACUCAGAUAGACCAGUCUAACAUUCUUUCAGCUGGACAGACUACUAAUCAAUUAGCAGUUGCUGUCGUUAAUAUGGCUGGAAAUUGGUUAACCGGUUCUGUUGAUACAUUCCCCCUGGCAGAUCUUCUUUCUCUUGAUCCUUUUGCUGGACCAUUUAAAAAUCUGAAGAAAGAUAAUCCUCCAAAGUUAGAUGUUGCAGAUUCUGCAUUGGCAACCCUCAAAGGGAUCAAAGCACUGACUGAAAUUUGUGCCGAAGAUUCUUUAUUGCAGGAUAAGAUUACCGAUCUAGGGUUCUUAUGUUUGCUAAGACGCUAUCUGUUACGUGAUGAUUAUGAGAAACUGGCUGCAAUAGAGGCUUAUGAUGCAUCUAGAGCGCCUGAAGCACAAGAAAGGGUUUCAAGUACUGAAGGUGAGGUGUCAUCUUCAAAUGCAAACACUCCAUCAAGUGUCCGAGUGCCACCUACUGCUCACAUUCGGAGGCAUGCAGCUCGACUGUUAGCUAUUCUUUCACUCCUUCCAAAAGUUCAGAAAGUCAUUGCAGCUGAUGAAACUUGGUGUAACUGGCUUGAGGAUUGUGCUGAUGGGAAGAUAUCAAGCAUCAAUGACCUUAAGAUACGAAGUUAUGCUAGGGCAAUUCUAUUAAAUGUAAUUUGCCAUCAGCAAAUUGGUAUUGACUCAGUAAAUAGUGGUCCUGAAAAUGGUAGCAGAGAUGGUACAAGCAUCUGUCCAAGUUAUGAUGACAUGAUAUUCUUAAUUAACCCUGAACGUCCCCAUUGGAAGUGUUGUGGAAAAGAUCAGUCCUCUGUUCAGAAAGAUAAGUCUAGUUCGAAUGAGGUUGGUUCCACAAACAGUGAUAGUACAGCCGUAACCCAAGUUUCAGAUGUUUCUGACUCAUCCAAAUCUUUUAAUGUAUCUAAUAAUGAUGCUGACUCUGAGAUUCCUCAAAUGGAUAUUGUAUUUGUACAUGGGCUACGUGGUGGACCUUAUAAAACUUGGCGCAUAGCUGAGGACAAAUCCUCAACUAAGUCUGGCCUGGUAGAGAAAAUUGAUGAAGAAGCAGGGAAGCUUGGGACCUUUUGGCCAGGUGAAUGGCUUUCGGCUGAUUUUCCUCAAGCUCGCUUGUUUUCCCUUAAGUACAAGACGAACCUAACACAGUGGUCUGGAGCUUCCCUGCCUCUUCAGGAAGUUAGUUCCAUGUUAUUGAAGAAGCUGGUUGCUGCUGGCAUUGGGAGUCGGCCUGUUGUAUUUGUGACCCACAGCCUGGGAGGUCUGGUGGUCAAGCAGAUGCUAUUUAAAGCAAAGGCAGAAAAUAUGGAUGACCUUGUGAACAACACUGUUGGAGUUGUGUUCUAUAGCUGUCCACAUUUUGGUAGCAAGCUUGCUGAUAUGCCCUGGCGAAUGGGCCUUGUGUUACGUCCGGCUCCAACUAUAGGAGAAUUGAGAAGUGGCUCUCCACGACUUGUGCAACUUAAUGACUUCCUUCGUCACCUUCAUAAGAAACAGAUGCUCCAAGUCCUUAGUUUCUGCGAGACCAAGGUCACUCCAAUAGUUGAAGGUUAUGGAGGAUGGGCGUUCCGUAUGGAAAUUGUGCCAAUUGAAUCAGCCUACCCCGGAUUUGGUGAACUCGUUGUAUUAGAAUCAACAGAUCAUAUAAAUUCAUGCAAACCACUCAGCCGAUCUGAUCCUUCAUACACAGAAACAUUAGAAUUCUUGCGUAAACUGAAAGCUCAGUAUACAUGAAGAGAAGUUUAGUAUUAUACUCGGCAUUUGGCAUCAUUUGUUUCACUUUAUUUUUUAUUUUCUCUCUGAAUUGAUGGUUUUAUAUUUGAUUUUUUUUAUGGGAAGCUGGCGGAAUUGAAGUUUUACGGUUAGGAGUGGAUCAGGUAACUAACCAUUAGGUAAAAGUUAGAACCUCCCAGUAUAUACUUUCAUAUGCUCAAACAUUUGUAUAGCAUCUUUCUGUACAUCAUCUCUGUUUAUCCUCUACACUGUAUUUCAGCUUCCUUCAUUUAUUUGUUUGUAUCUGUAGGAAAUAGAAACCCAUACAAUGAAUGGGUUCUCUAAAUACACUGUAUACACAUUUACGAAUAAAAGAAAAUACAAUGACAAAAAAAAAAAAUUAGACCAAUAAA